AUGAACGACUUCUUGGAUGUUUUCCCUGAAGAAGUUCCAGGUUUACCAUCUUCACGAGAACCGGAGUUCUCUAUUGAUUUUGUCUCAAGAGUAGGGCUAGUAUCAAUAGCCCCUUAUCGGAUGGCUCCAACUGAGUUGGUCGAGUUGAAGAAGCAGAUUGAAGAGCUGAUUUGGGAAGAGCAUGAGGAUCACCUUAGAACAGUACUUGGAGUGUUGAGAGAAAGAAAGUUGUAUGCCAAGCUGUCUAAGUGUGAGUUUUGGAUGGAAGAGGUCCAUUUUCUAGGGCACGUGAUUUCAGCUAGAGGGAUUUCUGUUGAUCCAGCUAAGGUGCAAGCUGUAUUUCAGUGGGAGAGGCCUAAGACUGUGACUGAAGUAAGAAGUUUCGUGGGUUUGGCUGGCUACUAUCGACGGUUCAUUGAGAACUUCUCUCGGAUUGUAGUGUCGUUGACGCUACUGACUAGGAAGGAUCAACCUUUUGUUUGGACAGAUUGGUGUGAGACUAGCUUUCAAGAGCUAAAGCAAAGGUUGACCAGUGCACCAGUGUUGGUUAUCCCUGACACAGGCAAACCUUUUGAGGGUUUUUGUGAUGCCUCUCAUCAGGGAUUACGGUGUGUAUUGAUUCAGGAGAAGAAGGUAGUAGCCUAUGCUUCAAGGGGCAUUACAUGA